AUGUCGCAGACAGCAGCUAAUAAUAUUCAUAAUUCGCAACGGCUUGUUGAUGGCGUCGUAAAUCAGAAUGCCGAUGACUCAGCCGUGUUUUGUUGGCCAAAAGCGGCGCCGGAAGUGUUGGAUGUGGCAGGGCGAUUUCCGGUUGGCCAAGGAAACUCUUUGCACAGCAGCUACCCCAUGAAUCACGCGGAACUAAGCAGGAAUAAGGGAAUAUUUCAUCCAUAUUCGCAACCACUGCUGGCAGGAAAGUUCCCUGUGCAACAGAAUUUAAGAGUAAACCAAGGGUUUCCAUCUUAUUCAGGUGAUCUGCAACAAAAAGAAACCCAACAACUGUUUACCCCACAUCAAGUAUACGCACCGUGCCCGAUUAGCUUCCCGCUACAACAAGUAUACGCCCCGUGGCACCGCAAUUUUCCCCAGCUGCUGCAACUGCCGCGAAAGAAUUCGGACGGCGCCUUCCCAGAAAUGAGCACCACCAUGACCCGCCGCGGGCAACCGGCCAGCUCACCGGCCGAUCAGACGCCCCAGGAAUUUCCCAUAAUUAAAAACCAAUUUGUUAGCUUUCCCAAUUAUCGAGCAGUGCCGCCGUCUCAAGAUGGAUCCAUCCCAAGAUUUCCACCCCCAAAAACACCACCACCUCCAACAACAAUGACGCAGCUCGACAAAGUCACAGAAAUAAACAGCGACAGCGAUAUACAUGCACAUAAGGUGUUUGAUAAUGAACUCGAGGCCGAGGAAGAAGCAUUAAACUUGAACGUGGCAAGGGAAAUCGAGCAUCAACAGGCGGAAAAUCUUAAUGACGCCUUCGGCCAGAAGCAGAAGCAGAAUCAGAAGCGACGAAACGACGACCACAAAAUCAACGACGACGCCAUGGAUGUGGCCAAAAAUAAACGCGAAAUAUGUGAGCAAAGCAAAUUAGAGAAGGCCGAAGAUCAUAACGAGGCGAAUAUGAGAGAUCGGGAGCGGCAGAUCGAGCGGCAGUCAAUAUGUUUGGCCAGGGAGCAGACAAUACGAGUAGAUGGGCUAAAUCGGAAUCGGAAUAGCUAUAGCUUUGGCUAUAGGAAUGGCAUUAGCAACCACCAGCGGUCCGGCGAUCUCUCAGACGCCCGCGAAUCGUCGCCAGAGCAAGUGGACGUGAAUCUCGGUCGCCAGUUGACCCGUGAGCGCAAUCCGUAUCCGAAUCCGUAUCCGAAUCCGUAUCCGAAUCCGAAUCUCAACCCACCAAAUCGAACCCUGCCAAAUAUAGAAUUACUAAAGAGUUCCGUGCGCGCUUUUCUCGCCGAGAGCCCCUUGCUCAACUGGGAUCGGGAGUGGGAUUUGGACUGGGAGCUGCUCGACCUUUUGACCGAAGCCAUCGAAUCGAUCUGCGGACAGCCGGAAAGGACGGGUAAUCUUUGGAGCGAGGCGCCCGCCGGAGCGGACAUGACCGUGAGCAAAGUCAGCGAGGAGCGGGAGACAGAAACGGUUGACGUUUAUCCCGCCGAGCAACUCGAUCAGCCGACGGAACUGGAUGACAAUAACAAUACCACCAGCAGCCUAGAAAUACCAAUUAGCGAGAUGAAAUACGAGCUGAAGAGUGCGAGUCCAUCGCUGCCCAGCAGAAGUCCGCAAACAGAGUCGCCAGUCAGCAGAUUGAGUGCCACGAGUCGUAUACGUAAUGUGGAGGCAACUCCUGCUCCUACUCCCCCUCAUCAUGCACCUCUACUGGGCGACCUGAAACGCAGCUCGAUCAGUCGCGACAGCAUCUCCAUCGAUGCGGACUCCUUGUUGCCGGAGAGAACGCGUUUGCGCCGCCAAAGAAGAGUGCGUUCGCAGGACUCCGUGGAGGAGAAGCCGGAGGAUGCGAUCGAAAGGCUGAACAAGCUCAAGGCAAGGAUAUCCGGGGCACUAAGCGAGGUCAAGGGAGUGCUCAAGCAGUACAGCACGGAAUCUGAGGCGGAGUCUGCAUCUGUGGAACAGCCACAAGUAGCUGAAGCUGCUCCCGUGUCCUUUCGCUUCGUAAAGAAAGUUCGUCGUCGCAGUUACUUCGAUGAGGCGGAGGAGGAAAAGGAACAAGCUGGAGAAAGCCAAGAAAAUGCUACCAAAGAUAAAGAAAAUAAUCAAGAUAAAAGGGAAGAAAAGGAUACACUGAAGAUUGAUAGAGAAACCAAGGUGCAGCGAGAGCAAACACCUUUUGCUAGAGAGGUGGUGUCACCUGUUCCUGAAAGUCAGGAGAGCAAAAAUGAUGCAACCAAGGAAAACAAAACUAUUGAAAAACCUGAGCAUUCUGUAGUUAAAACUGAAGAAACGGAAACUCUUGCAAAAGUGGUAGCCAAUAAUCAGGACAAUUUGGAUGGAGCUAAACAAUCAAAUGAUUUAAAUAAUGCCCAGGAUCUGAAGGAAAAACCUACAUUAACAGAUAAGAAAGAUGAUGAAAUCAAUAACAAAGAUACAAAGUCACUUCACAAGGAAUGUGAAGAUCACGAAGUUAAAGAGGCUAAGCUGGAGCCACCUAAAAUAAAUGGAGAACUGCCAAAGACAGCUGAACAAAUCAAAUCACCUGAGAAAAGCAAGAAGCAGGCCAAAAUAGAGUUUCUGGCUAAGGUGCAGAGUGAACUCAAAUCAAAGUCAGUAAAGGAAGCAGCUGCCAAGGAGAUCGCUCCCAAUGAGGUAAUUUCUAAGGAAGAAGUUUCCCGGGAAUUGGUUCCACAGAACGGAACUCAUAAGGAGGAAACUAUUAAGGAGGAAACUAUAAAAAAGGAAUCCCAUAAGGGAGCUACACCCCAUAAAGCAAACAUCGAGAAACCAACUUUAAAGAAAUCAGCUCCUGAGGAAUCUAAAUCUGUAGAACCUAAAGAAAAAACCACCAAUGAUAUAUCCGAUGUAUCCGAGAGCAAUCAAUUGGACUCCCUGGCCGUCGGAGUACCAUCGCCAGAUGAGUCAGCCGCAUCGCAGCAGCCAGCGUCCAAGAUCAAGAAGAAAGUCAUCGUGAAGGUGAAGAACCCGCGACGCGCCUCGAUCGCCGCGGUGGAACCAUCCAAGAUCAAGGUGGAGCCGGCCGUCGAGCAGAGCGAUGCACUGAUUACUCAGCGGCGACCCUCCGACUCGGAGGCGAUUGUCAAGCGCAAGAAGAAGCUGAAAUUAAUGGGCGACACAGUGGCAGCAGCAGCAGCAGCAACAUCUACAUUAUCCACAGCCCCAAGAGCAACAUCAUCGACAACAAAAGAAUCUUCGAUAGCCGAGGAGCAAUUGGCUGCGCCAGAGGUCACAGCGGUGCCAGCCAAGUUGCCCGCUGCCAAAAGUGGCCAAGGAGAGGCGACAGAAGCAGCAACAGUUGCAGCGACAACAGCAACACCAGCAGCAACAGCAGCAACAGCAACAGCAGCAACAGCAGCAGCAACAUCAGCAAUCGAUGGCGAUUCUACUAAUUGCAAUCAAACGCCAGCGGGCGAUCGAAGCAGACGCGCCAGCCUGAAACUUGCGGAGUUGGUCGGUGAAACGGUGCUGGUGGUGCCACAAGAAGAUCAGCCAUUGGCCGAGUCUAGAGAACGCAUCAAUCAGCAGGAGACACAGGUGCUAGCGACGCCGCAACAGGUGGCCAUCGGCGCUGACAUUGCGCCGCAAAUAGCAGCGACAUUGAGGCACGAAGAGUCAUCGCCAGAGUCAUCGGAGCACCAAGAGUCGUCCGCCGUUGUCGAAGCUACAAAAGCCGGAGAACAGGCGCCGUCCGGCGUCAGUCUAUCCACAAUGCCGGAGCUGAAAGUACUCGCCGGUCCGGUGCAACCCGUCAAGAUCGAAACGGUCGAUCCGUCGAUCGAUGUGGCCAAGAAUCAGAAUCAGAACCAAGAGCCGCUGGUCAAGAAGAAGGCUGUGCAUCUUGUGAAGAAGCUGGUGCGCAAGAAUUCCAUAGACAAGCAGGAGCCGGAGAAGCAGCCGGAGAAGCAACCGGACUCCAACGUCAAGCUGAGCAACAUCCUUCGCGACAAGAACAAGAUCAAUGAGCUGUCCUCCAGGAUCAACAAACUCACGCCGCCCAAAAAGCAGGUUAAGCCGAAGGAAGAAGCAAAGAAGGAGCCACCUACCCCAAAGACAGAGGAGGCUCUAAAGCCAGAGGAAGCCACUCCUUUGGAGGGAUCUCAACCAGCUGAAAAUGAAGUUGAGGAAAUCGUAGCCGAAGAGGAACCUUCAGCUGAUCCUGCGCCAGUGCCGAAGAAACCGCGCAAGAUCAAAAAGAAGGUGAUCAUCAAGAGGCAGAAGCGACGUCUCUCGGUGGGCGAUACCUUCUUCCUGCAACCGGAACCGGAGGAGCCCGCCAUUCCCGAGGUGGAGACCAUCGAGAAAGCCAUCGCCUACGUAACAGACGACGAGGAGGACUCCAAGUCGCCCGAGGAGGAGCCGGAGCCACUGAAAGCCCUCAAGUCCUGCAUCCACAUAAGGGAAUACAAGAUCGGGGACUUGGUGCUCUAUGCGGAACGCUAUCGCAAGACCCAGGUGCGCUGGAAGCGGGGACGAGUGCUCGAGAGGAUCACCAGCAUAUCGUACAAGCUGGAGAUCGAGGGCAAGGAGGUGCCCGCCCACGUCAGCUACAUCAAGAAGUACACCGGGCGGAAGGUGCGAUUCGGGGGCAAGGAGUAUCUGGAGAUCGAUUACGAACAGGUGGCCGAGGAGGAGCGACGGGCGGCCAGCUACAGCAUAUGGAACAUGGUGUAGGCAUUGCCUACAUCUACAUCUCAUCCAAAAGUCAAAGCAAAUAAUCCAAAAACAACACCAUCCCAUCCAGUGGUGUCCAGUGUGUCCGGCCAUCUUUGAGUGGAAUUAAAAAAUUGUCCGCCAUGCGAGGUAAUUUUUUAAGGAUCUCAAUUCGACAUUCAGUUAUGUUAUAGUGAUUCGUUCGUAAAAGAUUAGUUCGAGUGUACAUAGACUACUAUAGUUAGUGGCUUAGUGUUAUCCUAGUGUUUAGCGUAACUUAUUCCAGGCCUUUCGUUUACAUCUUAAGUACUCUGUAUGUGUAAUUAUAAACAAGCUAUUUAAUGUUUAAAUAAAGCUCAAAAUAUUUCAGUAA